AUGAAAACAAGUCACCAUUUGGUCGAAUUCUACGGCGAAACCAUUGAUACUACGGUUACAAACGAGGCCUCCACGGCUGAACACUGGAUUCAAAGCAGCAUCAUAAACUGGUCGAAUCAACAUGGAGUACUAAAUAGAAUUGUUGGAAUUGACUUUAAAUUUAUCCGUCAUCCAAUCGUGUCGAUGAGCAACAAAAUUGCAUUGAUGCAGCUAUGUGUAGGCACCAAAUGCCUAGUGCUUCAAUUGCUGCACAUGGACUAUAUACCACAGUCCAUUAGAGACUUUCUCUGCGACGACUCUCGUACUACAUUCGUCGGUGUUCGAAUUCUGGAGAAUUCUCGUAAACUAUCGGAUGAAUAUGAAAUUAUUGUGAAGCAAAAAGUCGACGUGCAUUUCCUGGCAAAGAGAUGGUUUCCUCUUAGCUAUAAAGGAAGGCCUACUCUCAGAUCUCUUGCAAAUGGGAUUGUCGGAUUUCCGAAGCGCGUGAUUGAAAAUCGUAAUAAAAAGGGUGACUGGGAAUCGAGGGUUCUUGAUAACGAACUGGUUGACCAAGCUUGCGUCGAUGUCUAUACAUGCUAUAGUAUUGGUCACAGGGUGCUUACAGAUGAUUAA